CUGCAUCUUCAAAACCCCCAAAUCACAAUCCUCUUUAUUUGCUCCCAAAUCUCUGUUCAUGAAAACCCGCUUCACAAAUAUUCCAAUUUCGUCCACAAGCUUGCUCUCUGUUUCAUCGAUCAAUUGCCGUUAAUGAUUCGAACCUAGGGUUUCAGUUUGUUUCUGAGUCAUUCUGAUAUACCGCUGUGACGUGAUAACUAAAUCGCUGCAACGCGCGGGUAGUAAAAGCUAAAAAGAAAAGCCGAAGCUGAAAUAAACAUUCAGCAGUAGCAGGAGAGGAGCACCCAAUUCUCGUCUGAUGACGAUGUGGAUUCUGCGAUUAAAACCAAGCAGCAAGUAUGCCACUCUGCAAUAUCUGAACUACUCAACACAACCAAUGCACGAUCAUUUCAUGGUGGAGUACCUCGUCAAUUCUAUAGGUUUCUCCAAAGACCAAGCACUCUCCGCUUUAACAGAGGUAAGCCACCUCAAAUCCACCCAAAAACCGGACUCUGUCCUUCACUUCCUCAAACAAUGCGGUCUCGACAGUACCCAGGUCAGAGACAUUGUAUGCUAUCGCCCUAAAAUCUUAACUACCUCUGUCCAUAAAACACUAGCCCCCAAGUUCAGGCUUUUACAACAGUUAGGUUUACCUGCCCCUCAUUUAGAGAAGCUCUUUAAACAAAGUUAUAAUUUCUCUAGCAACCGGUUAAGCGCCAAUGUUAACUUCCUGAGGGAAUUACUGGGCUGUGAUGACAAAGUAAACAAGGUUAUUCAGAGAUCAGCGUGGAUGCUAAACUCCAACUAUGCUCACAGACUGUCAUCCAGUUGGAUGCUGCUCAAGAAAAAUGGAUUGUCAGAUGAAAAGAUCCAAACUAUAUUGCUAAAGAACCCUAACUGUCUUCUGCAAAACCCUGAAUGGUUGGAAGCAACUGUUAGCAAAGUUGAACCUGUGUUGGGGAUUCCUCCGGAGUCUCCGAGAUUUCUUGACGGUCUUGAAAUUGUUAUUUCGUUGAGUAAAUCGACGUUGGAUAUGAAGUUUGGAAUCUUUAGAAGCUUUGGGUGGUUGGAUUCAGAGAUACUUAUAAUGGCUAAAGCUUUACCUUUCUGCUUGAGACGUUCGGAGGCUAAGCUUCAAGCUUCUUUGAACUUUUUCAUGAAUGAACUCGGUUAUACGCCUGCUUAUUUGGCAACUCACCCCAAGUUAUUAGUGUACAGCUUGGAGAAGCGGGUUAUGCCCAGAAAGCAAGUGUUAAACAUUUUGAAAGAGAAGAAGGUGUUGAAGAGCAAUUUUUCACUUUGCUCCGUUGCGGCUCUUUCUGAGGAGAAAUUUAUAAAGGAUUUUGUGUUGCCGUAUCGUGAGUUUGUACCUCAUCUGUUUGAAGCUUACACCAAAGCUGCUGGUCAUCAGAUAAUUUGAUUUCCAAUAUCGGGUAAGGAUCAAUCAAACUUAGUCAUGUCGUUGCUCCUUGCUCGCUAGUAUGAUUGUGUAUACUUUCUUCAACUUCUUACGAAUUUUGGUUUUUUCUUAGUCAUGUCGUUGCUCCUCGCUAAAUUGAACUUACGAAAAUCUAAUGAAAGUAUUAUUUGAUAUGAUGAUAAAAGAGCACUUGCGUCUUU